GCUUAAUCCUACCUAAAAUGUGAGUCCAGGAGGCCAGAUACUACAGUGCGCUUGAAUUCCAAGUCCAGAGGUUGUUCAGAAGGGGAUCAUGGACAUCGAAGCAUAUUUUGAAAGAAUUGGUUAUAAGAACUUUAGGAACAAAGUGGACCUGGAAACAUUAACUGACAUUCUUCAGCACCAGAUCCAGGCCAUUCCCUUUGAGAACCUUAACAUCCACUGUGGGGAACCCAUGGAAUUGGGCUUGGAGGCUGUUUUUGAUCAACUUGUGAGGAAGAACCGGGGUGGGUGGUGUCUCCAGAUCAAUCAACUUCUGUACUGGGCUCUGACCACAAUCGGUUUUGAGACCACAAUGCUGGGAAGCUAUGUUUGCAAUGUUACAACUGAAAAAUACACCAGGGCUAUCAUACAUCUCCUGCUGAUGGUGACGGUGGGUGGCAGGAACUACAUAGUUGAUGCUGGGUAUGGAAGCUCUUACCAGAUGAGGCAGCCUCUGGAGUUAAUUUCUGGGAAGGAUCAGCCUCAGAUGCCAUGCAUCUUCCGCUUGACAGAAGAGGGAGGAACCUGGUACCUGGACCAAAUCAGAAGAGAGCAGUACGUUCCAAACCAAGAAUUCCUUAAUUCUGAACUCCUGGAAAAGAAAAAGUACAGAAAGAUCUACUCAUUUACGCUUGAACCUCGAACAAUUGAAGAUUUUGAGUCUCAGAAUUCAUACUUUCAGACAUCUCCAGCAUCUGGGUGUGUAAAAGACUCUUAUUGUGCCGUGCACACCCCAGAUGGAGUUUACUGCUUAGUGGGUUUUACUCUCAUGCAUCGAAGAUUCAGUUACAAGGAUAAUAUGGAUCUGGUGGAAUUUAAGACACUGAAUAUGGAAGAAGUAGAGGAAGAGCUGAAAAAGAUAUUUAAUAUUUCCUUGGAGAAAAAGUUUGUGCCCAAACAUAGUGCAUCUUUUUUUACCAUUUAG